AUGUUACAAUUAAGUAAACAAGUUCAAACAAAUUUAGGAGAUUUAUCGUGGAUUGUUGCUGCAAGAAGUUUUGGUUUUAUAUUAUCAAUUGUUUUCUUUGGAAUUAUUUUUCAAUCAAUUCCAAAAUAUCAUUCGGAUAGUCUUUUAGCUAUUGGUUAUCUUCUUCCAACUUUUGCAACAGCAUUGACUCCACAUUUAACAUCAUUAUGGACACUUUGUUUGGCUUUAUUAUCUCAAGGAAUGUUACAAGGAAUUUCCGAUUUAGCAAUUAAUACAUUAAUAACGAAAAUGUGGUUAGAAGAUUCGACAUCUCCAUUAAAUUGUGUUUAUUUGGGAUAUCCAAUCGGAGCAUUACUUUCAAUAAUUAUUGUUCGAAUCUUUCAUUUUUCAGGUGGAAUUGAACAAAGUUUUACCAAAUUUUUUCUUUCAUUUCUUGAAAAGCAAAAUUUAAUUUCUGAUCAAAAUAACGUUGUUUAUCCGAUGAUUUUCUAUUGGUUUUCAAUGUUAAUUGGACGAAUAAUUUGUACAUAUUUAACAAUGUCAUUAUUUAGUCCCGAGAUAAUGUUAACAAUUUCCUUAUUUUUCUCUUUAUUAACAUAUAUCAUUUGGAUAAUUCUUCUUUGGUAUUUUCAAAUAACAUUAUUUACGGUUGAUUUUUUAAUCAUAUUAAAUGGUUUAUCGAUUUCAACAAUAUCACCAACAUUUAUUGGAUGGAUAAAACAUUAUUUAGUUUUAUCACCAAUUGAAUUAGCAUUUCUUUUAUCAUCAAAUGCUCUUGGUGGAUUUGUAUUUGGUUUAAUAUCUGGUUAUGUUUUUCAGUUUUAUGGUUCAAAACAUUUAUUUACUGUUUUAAUUAUCACAAUGAUUUUCUGUUCAAUAUCUUUUCUUUUAUCGUGGUUUUAUCAAAAUUUCAAUUCAAAAAAACAUCAACAUAUAGAGAAGAAUUCCCAGGCAAUUCAUGAUGAUCAUCUUUCAAUAAAUUUUAUUGAUCAAGAUUAA